AUGUCCCAAAUGGUCCGUCAUCUCAUCACUCUGGCCAGAGGAGAGAAUACAGGUGUUAACAGAACAAAGGAACACCUGGAAAUUGAAAACAAGCUUAAGGAGACAGCAUUGCAUCAAGCAAUCUGCAUUGGAAAUAAUGAUACGGUCAAGCUGCUAAUACAGGAGGACUCAGAGUUGGCCAGUUUCCCGAAAGACGGCACUUCACCUCUGUACCUGGCCAUCUUGCUGGAAGAGGACAUCAUUGCUGAGACACUUUAUAAUGCAAGUCACAAGAAGAUUUCCUAUUCCGGGCAUCAUAGUAUAUAUGAACGUCUUUUUGCAUGA